UGCUAAGCAAGCUAACUUUUCAAAGCACCUGCAACCUUAGUACGAAUAAGCCUUCUUUUUCACAACACCUUUACUUAAAUAGCAAUUAUCUUCAUGUAUCUUAACAAACAUAUUAGAUAAAAUAUAAUUUUAAAUUCGUCAUUCAAUAUUAAUCACAAAAUCUGCCUAUUGUAAAGAACAACAAAUGUAAACAAACAAAAUGGCGGACGGCGAUCAGAAAGACACGGAAGAAACCAAGAAAAAUGUCGUUAAAUUAAAAUACAUGACAUUUAUUGAUUGUUCUGAAACAAAUAACGCCUCAACAGCUGAAAACCUCAGUCUACAAGAAGCAUUUUUGCGCUACAAGGAAGCAAAACAGAAUGACAUUCGAAAAGAGCGCAUGCUGCGAAAACGGCGGGAGCUUAGGAAAGCUGACCCCCAGAAAAUGGCUGCCUUGCGUCAAAAGUUUGUGACGCAGGCUAAGAAAUACUAUGGUUACCCUUAUGCCAAGAAAUACUGGCCCCCUGACUCGCCUGAGUACAAGUCCAAGCUGUUCCUGGACUGCUGUGGCCUGGUGAGGCGUGUAAUGCGGGACCUGGAGGAGGACUUUGGCUUCUCUCUGGGCCCCUGGAACCAGGCAUACAUGUACGACACCCUUCCCAUCACCGUGGCCUGCGAGAGGGACAUGAAACCGGGCGAUCUCGUCUUUAUAUCCGCCACGUACUACAAUCCGAAAUCCAAAAAGCAGCGACACAACAUGACUCAUGUGGAGAUAUGGGCGGGCGAGGGGAAUAAGACGAUUGGAGCGCGCUGGAACAACGGCAAGGUCGCGCUUUGGGACAGCUACAAGUUCACAGCCAAGAGCUACCACUCUGAGACCUACCACUUUAAGUCCCUUGACACAUGGUUGAGAGGGAUCUGUAAAAGCUUCUGCCCAGACCACAGAUGGAAAAGGCGGAAGUACAAUCCAAAGAAGAAAUCCAUCUUUGCAGUGCCAGAGGAGAUUCAAGGCGAUGAAGCAGCAGGAGAUGAUGAUGACAAUGUGGACAGCUUUCUGGUACGAGGCAACACAUUCUGUCAGAAGGGCAACACAAAAGGUGCUCAGAGACUGCCCCCGAGACCAAAGACUGAAAUGGACCGGCCCAGUUUUCCGCAUAGCGCGUCCAGUGAGAGCCUUGAGAAACAGAGAUUAGUGCCUGUCAGGCCCAUAAAGAAUGACCAGAAUAAAGGGAAAGGUCAGGCAACUAGAGCUAAGACGAGUCUGGGCAUGAAUGAGAGAUCUUUGACGUUCUCUGAUGGUUUUAGAUUAGAAAUUGAAGGGACAGGGCAAGGGAAAAGAGAUCAGAGUGAUGGGACAAAGAACAAUUCUAAAGGCAAGCAAAAUUCUAGUGGAAAUCUUACAGAGCUGGGUCCGAAAGAUAUGGUAGGUUCAAGGCAUGAUGCAUGCAAUGGGAAUGUGGAAGAAGAUUUGGAUGCUGAUGAGGAUGAAGAUGAACAUUAUGGUGUUGAUGAUGGUAGUGAUGACAGUGAUGAUGAGUACCUGGAUGAUGAAAUUUCUGGUGAGGAGAUGGAAAAUACUGAAAGCAAAGAUGUUGAAAAUGGAUAUUACAUUUCUGCUGUAGAAAAUUCAGGAAAAGCUGAUAUGCUAGAUGUAAAACUAGAUGGAAAUCAUAAUAGUGAUGGUAAGCAUCCUCUUACUCAGAACAGCUCAAGUAGUAAAGAUAAGAUGGCACAAGAAAAAGAUGAUGCAAAAGAUCAGGUAAACAAAAAAUCACCAAAAAUCGUUACAAAUGUUGAGCAAAGCCAUGAUAUUGACACAAAUGAAAACAUAAAGUCUGCUGAGGAAGAACUCAACACAAACCAGAGUGCUAACAUUGAAAACUCUACAAAAGAUGUAAAAGAGGAGAAUGAAUCCAUUAGGAAGAACAAGAAACAAUCUUCAAAACCCAAGGGGUUAGAGAUCGCUGAUGAAGGACAAGGUCAUUCAGAGAGUGGGAUGAGCAUUGCCAUUGCAACCAAUAAAUGCACGAGUGUCACCAGUAUACGAAGUGGUGAGCUAGGAGACUCAGAAGGCAGUUCUAAAGGGUUAGAUGCUGAGAACCCUUCUGACCCUUCCGAGGAAGCCAGUGGAACUGAGCCUGCAAAGCGUGGCCGCAGAAAGAAGUCUCCGGGAGGAACGAAAGGUCCAAAACUGCCGUCCUGCAGCCUGCCGACCAAUAUGACACCUACCUUCUAUGUAGGGGGAGGCAAUGGAACAUCCUUAGUCGAGGGCCCCCUUGUCAAUAUAGGAUGGAAGCGAACAACAGACAAAUUUGACGAGCGUUUCCGUCUGAAGUGGGUAGAGAGCAAGUGUAAAAUCAACUAUGGAUCUUUCAAAGAAGGUGAACAAAUGGUGAACCACCUGCCCAACUCCCACUUGCUGACCAACAAGCUUGGCCUGCUCAACAGCCUCAAGGAGUAUGAGCGGGUGACACUGAGCACCAAAGGGAGGCUACCUCGACUACGAAUGUCCGACUUCCAUCCAGAGACCUACAAACUGGACGAGAAGUCUGACCGGGAUUUGUUCCUGGAGAUAUACAAAGACAACGAGAUUUGGAUUUGUAAGCCGGUGGGUAUGAACCAGGGCAAGGGAAUCUUCCUGUUACGCUCAAGAGAGGCCAUUAUGCAGAUUUUAGAGGAGCGGGAACAGAGGAAGCAAGAAGCCCAGAAACCUGGGCGUCCGCUCAUGAACCGCAUUGUGCAGAGGUACAUAAUGAAACCCUUGCUACUGGAAGGCCACAAGUUUGACGUCCGCUCAUACAUGCUAAUUGCGUCCACCUGCCCCUUCCUGAUACUCUACCACAAGGGCUACAUACGCAGGACAUGCACCAAAUAUGACCCCAAUGAUCUCAAUCUGGGAUCGCAUCUCACAAAUCAGUUUGUACAAAAGAAGGACCCUCUGUAUAAAGACAUAAAGGAGGACACUGCCUGGACCAUGGACAAGUUCAACGACUACGUUAACGAGAAGGUGCGACCAGACUGCAAAGUGGAAAUAGAGGAGGAUUGGGUGUAUAACACAUUUACUAAACAAAUGCAGAAGAUUAUGAUCCACUGCUUCAACAGUGUCAAACACAAGCUGCAGUCAAAGGUCGGCUACUUUGACCUCUUUGGCCUUGACUUCAUGGUCGAUGCAGAGAUGAAGACGUACCUUUUAGAGAUGAAUGUUAACCCUUGCAUGUCGCGCAAAUGUCGCGCUAUGAAAGACAUUCUGCCCGGACUGAUAGCCGAAAGUCUAUAUGUUGCCAUCGAAUGUUUCGAGAAAAGUCGUAGAAACCAGCCGCUGAUGCCUCUGCAGAGCUUGAAAAACUUCACGAUUCUCUACUGUGGCACGCGUCCAAACGCAGUCAUCCCCCGUCAGAUUCGCAGUGUCUCUCCAGUCAAGGAAAGCGCCUCUGUUGCCAUUGCUGACAAACCCAAACUUGUUACUGCUGCGUCUGUAAAGCGGGCAAGCUCACCUAGUCGCGCAGGGCAACGAAGUCUGACAACCCAGAGUACCUCGUUGUAUCAGUUGACUCAGCGCCGACCUUCUGAAAAACCUGAUGCCUCUGCAGUGGCUUCAGGCGUUAGUGCUUCUAUGAAUAGCAUUCCGUCAGCAAAAACUAGCAAAACGGGACUUGCUAGUAAGUCUAGACAGAAGUCAGAUGUGGAGAGUAGAAAUAAAGAGACAAAAGACUCUGAUAAAGCUGAAAAAGCUCACAUUAAAUUUGUUGAUGAUAAAUUUUCAGAGGAAGAGAAAACUGAUGACAGCAAAGAGUUUAGUGAAGAUGAAUCUAAAGAAGAGCCUGAAAAAGAAACAACUAAGGUGGUGGAGCAACCUAAGGCUAAGACUAGUACAGUUGUGGUGGACACAUUAUCCAAGACCACGGACUCUUUGAAUCAAGCCACCUCGGCCCUUGGGCGGUUGAGUUUAUCAUUGAAUCAGGUUGGGCUAGCUGAUUCUCUGCUUGAGGAGGUUAGACUUAAAAUGACGCAUGCUGAACAGCAAAGUAGUCCCACUGCCACGGUUGCGAAACCCAAGUCUGCACGACCCAAGUCAAGGGCUGGAGAGAAUCUUGAUCGUGGAAAUUGACUAGAUGACACUUCUUAGGGUGUUGUAAAUUGACUUUCGCUGGAUAUGUGUGAAUACCUUGUGUGUAGGGAAGAGUGAAACAACACUGAAAUUGUUGACAAGUAUCUGUUUUGAAUAUUAAUGUCAUUUAUAUCAUGAAUAGUUAUACGUGAAUGCUGAAACAUGAUUACAAGAGUUGUUGAGUAUAUCUCAAAAAUAGAAGCUAUAUUUCUUUUCUAACUUUUGUGUUUGAAUAUUCAUUCAUUUUAAUGAUUGUAAGUGGAAACAGAAGGAAUUAAAUUAGAUAUGUCAGUGUAUAGACUCCAAAUAGUUUACUGAUAUUGCAAAUGUAUCGUUUUACAACCAAGUGAUAUUAGACAUUGUUGUUGAAUUAUCUGUGUACAGAAAAGUAAAAAAAAAAUAAUGAUAGAUCUUUAGCAAGAAUAGAAUAUGGGUUCUUCUUGAAAAUUUUCUUUUUGCUUUGUCCAUGCAAACCUCUUUUACUAUUUUUAGGCCUAUGCAAAAGGCAAGAAUUAAAAAUGAGUUUUUGUCAUUUUGUGUGACUUCAACUGUGUGUUAUUGCCAGCUGAUAGCAGCGUUGAAAAUGUACAGAAUAUUAUAGAUUGUUUUCAUAUGAAUAAAAAGGUUCAGUUUCAGAUAUAUUCUGUAAAGGUCAAUGUUCAUAAAUGAAAUUUGUCAAAAAUGUAGCCUUCUGCUUCAAGUCAUGCAAUAUGACUAUAAAACUUUGGUUAUUGAAUGUUUAUAAGGAACAAAGUGUAAGUAUUAUAAAUCAGUUAAAGAUUCAUGAAGUUUUAAUGUUUACUGUUCAAAAUAGAUAUUAGGUACUUAGUUGCAAAACAAUAUCCAUUUGUUAUAACACUACACAGAAAUAAAAACUUGUUUUGUUUAAAGUUUAACGAUAAAAUUAUAAAUUAAUGUUUUUUUUUACUUGUCUAAUGGUACAAAGCAUAAUAAUAUUAUUAUUUACAUUUUUAUUUAAAGCAUACAUGCCAUAUUAACCCACUUAUGCCUAGCAUCCUGAAAAAAGGACAUUGCAAACAGCGUAGACCCAGAUGACACGCCACAUAAAGCGGCGUCUCAUCUGGGUCUUCGCUGUUAGCUGAAAGGAAUUUCUGUAAGAAAUAUUCUAAAUAUAGAAAUAAGUAUACUAGACAUCCCUGAUUUUAUAAAUACAUUGAUCCAAUUUUGAAGGAUGGCAGAGUCCUCUAGGCGUAAAUGGAUAAAUACUGGUCUGCCCUGGUUGUGUCACUGGUUCCGAGGUCUUUCCUGGCAUCGGGCUGUGAUGCAAAAUUUCCCUGUCAAUCAAUAAAACCAUACACAAUUAACAGCUUAUCCCUUUAUGAGAACCUGAUAGCAACGAUGCUUUAUAAAAGGAUAAAUUGUUCAUUCUAAUAUUAGAUGUACGCAAUUGGAAUACCACAGUUUUAAAAUUAUUUAACACAUUUAAUGUCAAUAUUGUUCAGAUAAGGUUUGUUCAGAUUGAAAAAUGUAAUUUCUGUUUAUUGUGCAUUAUUUAUGUAAUAAUGCUAACGGGACUAAUGUACCAACAAUCAUGCUGUAAGUCCAGACUUUGACUGAAAUGUAGUACAGUAAUGCAGACAGAAAGUCUUACUGAAAUGUAGUACAGUAAGGCAGACAGAAAGUCUUACUGAAAUGUAGUACAGUAAGGCAGACAGAAAGUCUUACUGAAAUGUAGUACAGUAAUGCAGACAGAAAGUCUUACUGAAAUGUAGUACAGUAAUGCAGACAGAAAGUCUUACUGAAAUGUAGUACAGUAAUGCAGACAGAAAGUCUUAUUUUCAGAUUUAAGGGGACCUUUAAUUAAUUCCAUUGCCAUGGUUUUAAAUACCACCAUUAGUUUUAGUAUAAUUAAUAUAUAACAAUAAAGAUAAACAAAUAUUUCAAAUUGGAAGCAUUUAAAUAAUGGUUUACAAGCAAUUAUCACAUGUCUUCUUUAAAUGCUGUAGGUCAAAGAUUAAAAUUAAGCACUUUAUAAAAAAUAAAACUGCAUGUCUUGCUUAUGUUGCAAGUGUUAAUGUGCAGAUACUGCUGUUUGUUGAAAUUUCAGCGCUAGCAUUUUUUAUUCCAUAUGGUGAGACAUCAGCAAAUAUUAUCUGUUGCAUUUUUGCACCAGUGAUAACUAAAUGUAUAUGGUAACACAUAUUUUACUGCCUGUGAUAUCUUUCAGUUGCCAUUAUUAUUGAUGUUGUAAUGAUUUUAUCUGCUGGAUUAAAUGUAGUCCAAGUUUUGCAAGACUUAGUUACAAGUUUCUUUUUAAUGUUGUACAAUAAUAAGUUUAGUGUGUGUGUGUGUGGAAUUAUUGUAUUUUAUAUAAACAAGGUAAUUCAAAAAUGGGCAUUUUUAUUCAAUUCUGUUUAAUUCUGAUACAACAAUGACAAAAACUUAUAUUAAAAAUCUCCAUCAUAUAAAUCCUUAAUUAAGCUGAGUAAAAUGUACUUUACAUGGAAAUUAAAGCUUUUAAAUGAUUGUUGUUCCUUCAACAAAAUGGUCUUCACUUUUUUUAAUGAAUUUUUAUUGGGAAAGAAAGUGUUGAGGGGUCUCAGUAAAGCACACUUGCCCCUCAGCUUUAUUGUAUUUAUUGUUGUGUUAAAUGUUUGCUUUGUUAUAGAGCUUUAGAUUGUAUAUUUUAUUAUUGUUCUAGAAGUUUAUGAAAUUUAUACUUAAAAGUAUUCUGUUAGUAAAUGUGUUAGAAAUUGUUAUAUUUUGUUCUUGAUUGAAUAAUAAAUAUAAUUUCAUAAA